AUAGCAGACGAUCAAUAGUCACGUGAUUUGUGAAAUGGAAGGCCGUGUAUUUAACAUACCGUUGACUAAUUCAAACAACUUAUAUUCGGAAACUGUCUAUGAAGUGGAGUGAACCUAAGUUGUCAACUGUUAUUGAAACUAAGACAUACACACAUUUAAUGGAAACUAAUGUGAAGGGUAAAAAUCGGACAAAAAGUUAUCAUUUAGACUUUUUACUUAUUUUGUAACGGAAAACAGGAUAUUUAUACAGUUAGAAAUGUCAACAAGUUUAUUUAAACAACAUAGGACAAUAGACUAUCUUCAGGUCAUCAAAUUUUAAGUAUGAAUGGAAAUUGCCUAACUUACAUGGCCCGUGACACGGGUCAUUUAUAAAUAUCAGUGUGUACAUCAUGAUAUGGAAGUUUAAUCAAAGUCUGCUAACAAUACCUGGUAAUCAAGUGUAUACAAAUAUUCCACUGAACAGUCAAAUUAAAGGUACGCUCCGUGAUACAUAGAAAGAAAGUGAAAAUUAAUUAAACUUUCUUUCUGGUCAACGAUAUAAUUUAAUUUAUUUUAUUUUAUUGAAAUGCUCCUACAACGUGUGUUUAUUUCGAUCUAAAGAUAAACUUUGAUCCUGAGCCAAUGUUAAUAACGAUGAGAUCCAGCGAAGCAGUUCCCCAGUCUUUUGUUAGACCAAAGUUAAAUCAACGUCAACAUAUAGGAGUACAGCCAUUAUGGAUGCGAGUUUUAGAGGAAAAAUAUCAGAAACUACAACUUAAAAUUGCACAGAGUACUGCUACAAUGAAUGGAUUAUAUAAUUCUACGAUAGGCAGAAAUAUAUACGAUACUAAACUCGUACGAGCAUCACUGCAAAGAACGAAAGAGCAACGUCGGAGUGGUAAAUAUGAAAUAAAAUCCACGAGGAUUUCAGCAACAAAAAUCUAUACCGGUGGCGAGACAAAACACAAGACCACUAAUAUAUACAGUGAAAUCAACGAACGUUCAAACAGUGAUGACGAAUAUGUCAACAGGUUUGAUAAGGGAACGAAAAUUAACGAUUCUGGGGUAAGAGUUAGUGAAAUUUUAUGUUUGCGUUACGAUAAGAAUCAGCCAUUUAGAAAAGACCUGUCAAAGAUUUUGAAACCACAGGAGAAUUCACAAACUUAUAAUGGGAACUACAGCAAUAUUGACAAUUCAUCAAAUAAUUUGAAAAAUGCAGAUAUUUCAUCUUCUAGCAUAAAAACUGCAGAAUAUUCUCAUAGUCGUCAUAGUUUAUCUACUCUUAAAACUUCCAAAUCAUAUCCUGUCAAGUUGAUGGAUAAUUGUGUUCAAACAAAAUCUCGCGCAGAAAGUGCAGGUAGAACAAACAUUAAUAGAAGAAAAAUGAAAAUGUUUUCACGGAUGUCAGCAGAAGCACAAACAGCAUUGACGGAAACUAUAAGGGAGAACGAAUCCGAAGGGAACUUAGAUUCCGAAGACGAGGAUAACACGGCAAUAGAGGACAACAUAUUCCGAACGGAUUGUGAACUUGCAAUAGAAGAUAGAACUAAUUGUAAUGAUUCUGAAAUAUCAAUGCCUUCUAGAGAUAGUCGCUCUAUUCAUACCAAACUACCAGAAAUUCCUACAGAAAAUCCAGAUAUUCUGUCCUUACGGCAUAUUAAAUCAAAUGAUGGAAAAGUUGGCAAAUAUCCAUUCCCUUCCAAACGAGAGACAACAUUCGAAAUAACCCCGCCAGGGUUUGAUAUUCGUUAUAGAGAUGCACCAAUCAGGGAAGAGCGAGAGUCUGAAACCCCUCCUCCUGACAUAAGGGACAGGGCUAUUAGAAAAUGUGAAGACUGGUUAACUCGUCAUACGCCUAAAACACCGAGACCUAGUCAAACGUCUCAAUGACAUCAUAUUAUUCAAGGCUAAUAUUUUUAUUAUCUUUGUUUUGUAAACGUAUGUCUCUUUCAGUAUUAUCAGAUACUACACAAGUUAUAAAUCAUACAUCGAAUUCUAUUAAGAAGAACAUAAUACUACAAAAUCAAUCAUUGGAAAAUUGAAAACAUUGAUAAUCAGUGAGUGUAUGACAGGACGGGUCAAUUGACAUGGUAAGAUAUAUCAUUUAAAAUGCUUGUGAAACCCGAGAAACCCUUUCAUUUACAAAAUACUGUGCGAUGUUCCAAGAACAAGCAUUAUCUGGAAUCACAAUAUUUUUCUUAUUUUAUUUACGUUUUAGCAAUUGGAAAGUCUGUCCGUAUUUAGCCAUCGACUAUGUCGUUGACCAAUCAUUCUAUGUGUCUGUGUGUGAUGGGAAUGGAGAAGUUUGUCGUUUUUUUUUAUAGUCACCGACCAAUCAUUUCAUGUUUGUGUACUUUUUUUUAUAAAUGAAUUAUUUGAUUCCAAAUUUCUUCAAAAAAUCCUCCGAGGGCAGGUAAAACAAGUUUUCUGCAAUAGUUUUAAUCAUUUCGUUUAAUCUAAAGUUGAAAAUAAACUAAAAGCAGUAUUGAUUAUAAAAAAAACUCCCUUUUCUGUGUAUAUGUAAUAAUUGACAAAAAGUAUGUUUACAUUUAAUUUGAGUUUUAAAAAGGAAAUCAACUCGUGUCACCAUUGAAAAUAAAAGGUUUGUUUCCUCUGACAUAAUUAGAUAAGAGUUAAGUAUUGUCGCUCAAUGUGUUCUGUUUCUAGAGUAAUAAAACACUUAAAAUCAAAAUAUAUAUGUGUUUGUACAUAAAUUAAUCAUGUAAAACAUUCAGGGAUUGCAAAUAUACAGAAAACUGUACAUUUUAAAGACUGCACAAUCCUCUUUCAACCAAUCCGUCCCCUUGAAACAAAGUAUUCUUAACUGUGAUAUGUAUAUAUUAUUUUUUUAGCAUUUAUGAAGCAUGUAAAGUGCUGGUUUUAUUACGCACGUUGUUAUUUUUCAAUGUUAUACUUUAGAUUAAUUUAUUAAAAAUAAUGAAACUUU